AUGACUUCUUCUGAGCCCGCAUUUUCUGCUAUAGCGACCGCUGCGACCGUCGACGAGUUGAUCGAAACCAUCCCCGCUCCAUACCGACCAGUCCUAGGACCAUAUAUCGUCAAAAAGUACCGCAUUGCGCGUAGCCGUACUGUCACUGCACGCACCUUGUCGUCAUACCAGCGGCACAUGAAGCGAGGCACCUAUCCGGCAGCUAUCCGCCGCUCUCUGAUGGUGCCGUUUCUGGACGUCACCAACGAGUUUCUUGCUUCUCCUCAGUAUGCAUCGACCUCUGCCGUGCUCCAUCACGGAGUUAUUGCAGCCAGAAAAGCUGCCUUGGAGAAUGCCAUCAGCCAAAAGAUGGCCGAACUCGCCUUUCUGUCGUCUCUGCCUGACCUCGAUGUUAAUACUUGGAAACCAACCUGGGCUCGACUUGUCACCAAUGCUGCUGCUGAGUUGGCGCACACGUAUAAGGGGUACCUUGUUCAGGAUGUAGGGGGAAGACAUCAGCUUAUUGGAAUGCCGCCAGCUGCUAAUAACGAGUUUUCUGCAGUUCUCAGCUGCUGUGUGGCAUACGCGGCGCGGGUACUCCAACUUGCUCGAACCGUAACCAGUGGCGGCUCCGUGGUAAUUCCCAUGGUUCGGCUUAGUGGGCAGCAAAUUUGCGAUACUAGCCUAAAGUGCCGGAAGGGCCGUAAAGGGUAUAGGCAGUGCAAGCCAUAG